AUGGCACCAAACACUGCAAAGUUCGAUAAGUCUAAUGGAGUUUUUAGCGAACUACCACCGGGUUUUGUUAUCUCUAACGAUGGACUUCAUAUGAUGUUCGAUAAAGAAAUCGAAAAAUCAAAUAAUGACGACCGUACUUAUAAAAUAAUUCGGUUAACUAAUCAACUUGAAGUUUUAAUCAUUCAUGAUGCUAAAACUGAUAAAGCUGCCGCUUCUAUGGAUGUUAAUGUCGGUUCUUAUUCCGAUAUGGAGAAUCUCUUGGGUCUUGCUCAUUUUUGCGAACAUUUAUUGUUUAUGGGAACGAAAAAGUAUCCAAAAGAAAACGACUAUGGCGAGUUUUUAGAUAAACAUAAUGGAUCGAGUAAUGCGUACACCGAUAACGAAAAUACGAAUUAUCAUUUUGAAGUCGGUCACGAAUAUUUUGAGCCUGCAUUAGACAGGUUUGCACAAUUUUUUAUCAGUCCGUUAUUUAAUGCUGAUUGCACUGAUAGAGAAUUAAAGGCUGUGGAUUCUGAAUUUAAAGGAUAUCUUCAAAAUGAUGAUUGGAGAUUAUAUCAAUUACAGAAGACACAUUCCAAUCCAAAUCAUCCUUGGUCAAAGUUUUCUGUAGGAAAUUUAGAAACAUUAAAGGAAUCACCUAUGAAAGAAGGUAUUGAUACUAGAGAAGAACUAAUUAAAUGGUAUGAGAAACAUUAUUCUGCUAAUCUAAUGAAAUUAUGUAUUUUGGGCAGUGAUUCAUUGGAUAAGUUAACUGAAUGGGUCGUUGAAAAGUUUUCUGACAUUCAAAAUAAAAAUAUCGAAUCAUUUAAACCUGUUGAAAUUCCGCUAAGAAAAGAUGUAGAAUUAUGUAAAAUAAUUUUAGCCAAACCGGUUAUGGAUAUUCACACUUUAAAUAUUGAUAUUCCUAUACCGAACCAAAUAGAAAAUUAUAAAGCAAAGGCUGAAGUGUAUGUUGCCCAUCUAAUAGGUCAUGAAGGAGUUGGAUCAAUUUGUUCUUUAUUGAAAAAGAAGGGUUGGAUAACUCGUAUUGAUGUCGAAUCAAUGGAGUAUAGUGCCGAUUUUCAUUUAAUGGCAAUAUGUAUUAAAUUAACUGAAGAUGGUUUAGAACAUUAUGAGGAUGUAGUGGAAAUCACAUUUCAAUAUGUGGAAAUGCUCAGAAGAGAGGGUCCGCAGGAGUGGAUUUAUAAAGAAAUUCGAACUUUAAACGAUAUCCAUUGGCGAUUUAUGGAAAAAUCUAGUGAAUCAUCUUAUACAUGCUCACUUUCGAAUAGAUUACACAAACCAUAUACGCGUGAUAGAAUAUUGAGUAGUCCAUUUAAAGAUUACGAGUAUAAUCCAAAUUUAAUUGUUGAAUUACUCAACUGUUUAAGGAUCGAAAAUUGCAUUAUUGGUCUCGCAAGUAAAUUAUUAAAUGAUUUGGAUCAAAAAGAAAGAUGGUUUAAAAUUGAAUAUAAAUAUACGCCCGUUAAUGAAGAGUUAAUUAAAAAACUUAAAAAUCCAGUCAUUCCUUGCGAACUUAAACUUUGUCCUCCAAAUGAGUUUAUUCCUACCAACUUUGCCGUUAAUAAAUUAGAAAACAUAACGGUAAACAUUUAUAACAAAGACGAUAAAUGGUGGAUUCCUAAAGCGAAAAUUGAUUUGUAUUUUACAACCCCACUGAUUAACCUUACAUCAUCAAAUUUGGUUAAGACCGUUUUGUAUCUUUAUUUAUUUAAUGAUGCAUUUGUAGAAGAAGCCUAUGAUGCGUUACUUGCUGGAAUAGAUUAUUCGGCAUAUGUAACGAGUGAUGACACUAUAUUUGUUAAUGUAUCAGGAUAUAAUGAUAAAACAUUAGAAUUGUUAGAGUUAGUUUUAAAGCGAAUGAAAGAUUUUGUGAUCAAGCCUGAAAGGUUUAAAGUAUUAAAAGAAAAAUUGAUGAGAAGGUAUAAUAAUACGAAAUUAUAUCAACCAUCAUCAUUAGCAGAAAUAUAUGAUCGUCAAUUAUUCAAAGAAAAUUAUUAUUCGGCAGAAGAACAAUCAGUCAUAUUAAAAGAUAUUAGUAUGGAAGAUGUACAAUCAUUUUUCCCUGAAUUGUUUAAACAACUUUUUAUUGAAUCUUUUGUGUUUGGUAACAUGGAAAAAGAUGAUGUAAAGGUGAUGAUAACUAUGGUUGAAAAUAUUUUUAAACCGAAAGUACUUGAGAAAUAUAGAUUAGUUAGAAGUAGAAAUAUCAGAUUACCUCAAGGCAAAAAAUAUGUCUGUCAAAGAGAUGUUUUUGAUAAAGAUGAAUUAAAUAAUGCUAUUGGAUAUUAUUUGCAAUGUGGUGAUAAUAAGGAUGUAUAUGUUGUGACUAGAUUACAAAUAAUUGCUCAAAUCUUGCAUGAACCGGUUUUUGAUCAUUUAAGAACCAAAGAACAAUUAGGUUAUUCUGUCUAUAGCUAUGCAAGAAUUUCAAUAGGAGAAAUCGGAUUAUUGAUUAAUUUACAAAGUGAAAUAGAUGCUAUCUAUUUGGAAAAUAGAAUUGAAGCGUUUUUAAUCAAUGCACAGAAAAUUAUUGAAGAAAUGACAGAGGAAGAGUAUCAAAAGCAAAAACAAUCUUUGAUUGAUCAGCUCUUGGAAAAAGAAAAGAAUAUGUGGGACGAAUCUUAUAAAUAUUCUAGUCAGAUUUUCUAUGGUUAUUGUGAUUUUUAUAAAAAUAUAAAUCAUGUUAAAGACAUUAAAAAAAUUACUAAGGAUGAUGUCUUGGAAUUUUAUAAAAUUCAUAUUCAUCCAAAGUCACCACACAUCAAAAAAUUAUCAGUGCACGUAAACUCUUUAAAGAAUAUCAUUGAUUUUAAAAGUAGAAUGUGUUUUGGACCUUCAGCAUUUCCUAUUGUACCUUUAAGCACUUUUUAUGUUGAAGAAAUGCUUUAA